AUGCCGAGCCCGGCCAGGCGGCCGGAUGAAAAAGGCCCUUAUCAGGGCCACAGUGUACCAGUGUACAGUGUACCAUCAUCGCAGGGGGGGGGACCUACCACCGCUGCUCCUCCCCCCGCGCGCGCCCGUGCGCAGCGCCCGCGAUCAGCGAUCUCCCCCCCGCGGGGGAGAGAGCGCUCCCGCUCGCGCGCCGCGCAUCGCACCAUAGAGACGCCGAGCGUCACCCGCGCCGAACCAGCCGCGCCGAUCCGCGGCCACGCGAGUGCCACCACCUCUCGCGCCGGUUUGGGCGACGCCGAUGCCCAGCGCGCCCCGCAGGCCGCGCCCGCCGCGAACCGCACGAUAGCCGUCCCCCACCCUCUCGCCGCCGAAACCGCCGCACACAGUGCCGCCGCCGCCCACACCGACACCGACGCCGUACCCAUGUGCAGGGUACAACAAAGGACAACAGCAAGACCCGGAAGCGCUGCCGAUGUCCCGAUGUCUCCAGCAUCACCACCGGACACCGACACCACCACCACCGCUCCGAGAAAGGGUGCAGGCGAUUUGCCCGCCACUGGGCGGCCUCUACCUCCGUCCGGAGCCGCAGGCCCCUCCGUAAUUUCGGGCGGGGUCCGCGCGUCGGUUUGUCACCGAGAUCAACAUUAG